UGCACACGACAAAAAAUUUACUGAUAUUUGUUGAAUGUUCAGUAAUCCUACAUUUGAUGCUAAACUGCAGAGCAUUUCCAUGGAAAAGGGACGCGGUUCGGGAAAGGGACGCGGUUCGGGAAAGGAACGCGAUUUGGAUACUUCUCAGCUUACGUCCUUAAAAAGCAUCCUCUCACUUCUCGAUGAGGAUGAGCUCGUUUAUGAUAGAAUUCCAAAGCCAAAGUCCAAUAAAGUAGAGGGUAGCAGUAGCGGUAGCAGGAGUGCGACUAGCGAACUCAAGUCUGACAUAUGUCGUUCUUGUCGUGGUAGAUCCCCUGGUUGCAAAUGCCAGUACCCUGAACUCAAAGUUGCGGUGCUUCAACCUCGUGAAUCACUCAGGUAUCGCAGGGGUCCGGGCAUAAAUCUUCCCUCAGUUAACCAAGUCACAGCAGCAGCAGAUGCCUUCCCAUUGUCAUCAGCACGAACACCAAUAGACUUGCCUGCAUCAUCCCUCCAAGCCCCACAAACUUCUUUAAGUGACAUUUCCAAUCGCCCAACCCCAAAUACUACUCUUAGUCCGCCUGGCUGGACACCUCAGGAUGACGGAAUUGAGAUACCUUUCUCAAGCCAAGAAAUGGAUGCUCAUUCACGAAACGUUCUGUAUGGACGUGGUUCUGGUAGAAGGUUGCCUGCAUUUGUUGAACUUGGUAAGAUUUCUAAGUCGAUCAGGGAUGACCCUGAUGAAGAAGCCACAAAUACCGGUUGAUAUGACUCGGCUUUUCGCAACAAAGUAAAAACAACUGACGUCACUGUACAUGCCACUGAUUCAGAUUGAAUUCACGUUUUAGGCUUUGAAACAACAGACAAGUCAGUAGACAGUUGAAUAAUACUCGCAGAUAUACUAUAAUUCUGUAGUGCCCGUAUUAUAUUUCUGAUUCAAACUAUGAAUAAUAUUCCAAAGUGGAGCUCGUUUCAGCUGUUAGGUGGUUCUAAUCCCUUGUGUUGUGCAAAACUGCCAAAAGACCAACCCUGAAGAGAUGUAUGAGAAGGCCACAGGUAUUACAAUAAAAUC